AUGUUGCUGCAAUAUUGUAUUUGGUGGAAGUUUCAACAGAGAAACAAUGCGCCAAGGAAUGCUAUUCAUCAGCAAAACAGAGCGCGCCAAGCCCGACGCCUGACAAAGACCUUGCUGGUUGUGUCUGCUGCCGCUGUCUUCUCCUGGCUUCCUCACGCCAUUAUUCUAAAUAUGACGGCGGCACAUAUGGUCUCUGUUCCUAUAAUAAUUUUUCAUUGUUUCUAUAUUCUUACCUAUUCCAGCUCCUUUGUCAAUCCAAUCAUCUACGCAUUGAAAAUCCCUGAAUUUAGACAAUCGCUAGUUACACUGUACUCAAGACGUCGGGCUGUAGAUAGGAUGGACAGGAAAGGCAAAGACGAACAAGAUACGGGUACUAUUGAUUUGAUAGAACAGAGAACAUUACCAACUGAUCCUAGUUACACAGAGCGGAACUUUGAACACGAGUCUACGGACACUAAAUUGUGAUCAACCAAAACUGCAAAAAAGGCCUUCCUUUCCCCACCCACAACUAGAUCCAAGAAACCGUGAAUAAACUAAGGGACGUUGUAGUUGCUAGUAACACUGUUACUAUAACUUAUGCAUUAGGUUUGGUACAUGAAAAGUUCGGCGUCUGAAUCAAAGCCGUUCCAAAACCGUUCCACAGUCGAAAAAAUCCCGUUUGGGCUGGGAGUAAAGAACGGCUGAGCCGUAAGGGUUCCAAAUCGAAAUAGGCGCUCCUAAUUGAUUCAGACGUCGAACUUUUCAUGUACUUAAUUCAAUGUUUUAGGUUCGGCUCGUGAAAAGAUCGGCGUCUGAACCGGGCCUUAGUAAUGCCCUAGAAGCUGUUACUCCAUGCACGAAACUUAAACGACGCUCCAAAAUUCUCACGUUGUGUUACUUGACUAAUUUAGUUUUCUAUAGUAAGUUAUUUACGUUCUACGCGUUAUUGGUUUUUUGCGUUACACUCAGAUCAAUUUUAACUUCUAAAGGGAAUAAGGAAAAUUUAUCAGGAUUAAAUCUGUUAAGGGUGACAUCCCAUAUGUACGAUCGUUACUAAUGUCAUAUUCAUGUUGACGGCUCCUAGAAGCUUCGGCCACCUGUGACAUCCGGAUUGAAUUCUUUAAGUUAUGAAAACAGUCUCUUCCUUAGCAUUGGUAAAUUUAAAUUUGACAGCGUAAACAGAACACAUUUGACCGUUAUUAAAACUCCUGUUACAAUCAUCUAGAUGUUUCUUUUGGUGAAAAUGGAUCACGUGAUAAAAUGAUAGACACACUUACUGAAAAUAUUUUCCAUCAUCUUAUUAAAUCUGCAAGAGUAUCUUAUUUUUUGAUUUUUUUGCGUUAGGAUUCCCUUUCUGACACUGCCAAAAGAUGGCUAGAGUAUGAGUGAAUAUUGCCAGAUGUCCAACAGCGAGUAUUAAAACUUUUAAUAGAAUGGACCGCAGAUAAAGAUCUCUUCCCAAUAGAAAUCUCUCACAGCAUUUUGCACCCGCUCCAAAAGACAGAGAUACUCAGUGUUAUUCAUUUGGACAGCAAACGUUACCAAUUACUAGAGUCUGACAAAAGAUCAGAACACAUCCCUGACUUCCUUACAUCGUUCGGGUAAUUCUUUCUCUUGCAUUGAUUAUCACAAAAUCUACACUUGCGCUUUCAUAAACUUCAGAAUGAAGAAUAUAUCUUCUAACGCAAGUGUCAUCAAUACUUAUCCCUCUUCAUCUUCCAAGAUAAAUUUUCCUUCCAGAGCAGAGAAAAUAGCAACCUGCAGCGCUUUCGUGAUUGAGGCUUUUUUAAUUAAAACACCGAACGCUCACGGUCAGUGAGAGCAUAUGCCAUUUUGCACACUUGCUGUUCUUGUUUGCUCAAAUUUAAUUUCAACAAAGACAGGUGUACUACUUUGCAAUAUUGAUUUACAUCUUUUUUUCCGUCUUAUGUUACUGUAACAUUGUUAUUUGGAGAAAGUUUCAACAGAGGGGCAGUGCUAUUCAUCAGCAAAACAGAACAUACCCAAACCAAGGCCUGACAAAAACCUUGCUAUUCGUGUCUGCUGCCUCUGUGUUCUCGUUAGUUCCUUAUGCUGUUGUGGCACACAAGAUCCCUUUUCCUGUAACAUGUUUAUAUUGUACGUAUAUUCUUAAUUUCAACUUUUUUGCCAGUCCAAUCAUUUACGUAUCAACAAUACCUGUCUCGACAAUCCUUAAUUAUGUGUUGUUCAAGACGUCAGGCUGCAGAUGGGAUAAACAGCGAAGGCGAAGAAGGAAGAGAUGUCUCUACUGUCGAUUUGAAUACGGUGGUACAGUCAAGAACAGAACCAAAUGAUUCUAGUGACACACAGGAGAACUUCGAACACGAAUCUAAUGACACUACGUUGUAAUCCGAUCAGCCAAACUGCAAAGGCCUUUCCUUCCCCUCCCCGACGAUACAAAAACUAGAUCUGGUGGUAACAUUUCAAAAACAGAUGUCUUUCAGUGACUGGAAACUCACAGUUUAUUCUUGAUUUCUUUUUGCUAAUUUACUAGUUGACUUUUUUUCUCUCCUCUUCUCCGAAAGGUUUUUCUCUCGGGGAAAUCCCAUUUUCCCAUCUCCUUAAUAAUUGCCUUUGUCAAACAGCAGUUUUUUUUGGUUUGAAAACAACAGAACACGUUUGACCAUUAUUAAAAUCCGGUCAGUUUUUUUUGGUGACAAUGGAUCACGUGACACAAUGAAUUGACACAAACACUAAAAAUAUAUUCCAGUAUCUCAUUUCAGAGAUUUGACUUUUAUUUCACCAAAGAUCCAUGAAUCGAGCCAUGAAUAGAAUUGUAAACCAUGAAAAGAGCAUCUUAUGUUUUCUUUUCUUUUUUUUUUUUUGUUUUUCAUUUUGGUUCUGACACUAGCAAGAACAUUACCAACCGAUAAAAAAAACGCUGUUGGUAGUGUGUCUGAAAUUAAUGUAUCGAAAGAUUUUUUUGUUCUGUCUGAAAAGCAAAUAAGCGGACAUCAUUUCAAUGAUUUACAUUUCAUUCAAGUAAAGAAUAAUCCUCGCAGUUGUAAAGUCAAUCUAUGUAAUUGCGUAAGAAGUCUGAAAAAAAUUCAGGACUUCAACGAAAUCCCGUUUUUUCUUUUUUUUUUUUUUCAGGGAUACAUUGCGUUCACAACUGCAAGGAACAUUCUUCACAUGAUUUCAUUUCCGCAGUUCUCAUAUAUGACUUACUUCCAUAUACAUUUGUCACUUUACAUUUCAUCGUCCUCUCAAAAAUCUUAAGUAUUUUGUUUAUAAAUGCUUCAAGCGAUAAAUUUGCCAAGUUUAAGACGCUUCUCUUGUAUACAAAAAUAUCAGUUGAAUAAAAAAAAGGGAAAAAAUAACAAUCCUUUGCUAAUUCCAAAAUGACGACAAGUUCCUUAAUUUAUUCCUUUUAUGGUCCUUACGAAAAUUAGCAAUAAUUGGCCCCCGACUCAGUUUUAACUAAGAUUUCUUGUGAAUUUUGCAGGUGCAAUGAAAGCAAAGAAGGUUAAUUAACAUAAAUAUAAAAGAAAAGUAGUUUGCGUUGAUUUGGAAAUAAGAUUUAUUUCUUUACAAGUCUAUCCAGGGCUGGCUGUGUUGAACACAAAGCUUGCUGAACUUUGGGCCGAGUCUGCGCAAGAGCUUGUAACUUCAAAAUUCUCUUUCAGGCGUCGUUAGGGUAGCUUAUUCACGCAACAUAAUAUCGCGGAUUUCUACUCAAUCGUGUAACACUUCAUUUUCUUUUUGGUUAAACACCAGAAUGAAAAAUACAUCAAGUGCUAUGAGCUCUAUCAACACCUCGCUGUCAAUGGUGAUAGAUUUUCCUUCCCGAGCGGAAACAAUAGCAGUGUGUUGCGCUCUUUUAUUCGAAGCUUUUUUAAUUUUCAUGGGGAAUUUGUUCAUAAUUGCUCUCUUCGCACUAGAGAAGAAGCUGCGCAAGAGAAGCUUGUUUCUGGUCAUAAACAUGGCGUUCGCUGAUGUAAUGUUGGGAGCUGUUUCACUGCCUUUGUAUGUUUACUUGCGGAUUGGUUUUCCACAACUAUGGAUCGUCACAGAAGACGUUGGGGUUGUACUGCACUACUUUUACCUUCACUUUGAUCUCAUUUUCUUGCAGGCCUCGUUAAUCUCUGCCGUCUUUAUAUCAUGUGAAAGAUUUUUCGCCGUCUAUUGGCCGCUGAAGCACCUAACAACGUCAACGAGAGCAUACACUAUUGUCAUAGUUAUCAUCUGGACACUCGCUGCUACUGCUACCGCAGUCUACCUCCUCACUGGAAAUUUAAUUUCCAGCAAGGCGGGUUAUUAUGUUUCUACAAUAUUAUUUUCAAUCUUUAUCUUCAUCCUAUGUGGCUGUAACAUUGGUAUUUGGAGAAAGUUUCACCAGAGAGUCGGCGCUUUUCCACAACACAAUAGAGUGUCACAAAACAAACGCCUAACAAAAACCUUACUUUUUGUAUCUGCCGCCGCUGUGUUGUGCUGGCUUCCAUAUGUCAUUGUCGACUGCUUAACUGAGGUACUCGAAGUCCCUGUACCUCGAAAGGUUUAUUAUGCCGUAAUCAUGCUAAAUUAUUCCAACUCUUUGUUCAAUCCAAUAAUCUAUGCGUUAACAGUCCCUGAUUAUAGGCAAUCUUUGGUUACAUGUUGUCCAAGACGUCAGGCUGUAGAUGGGACGAACAUAGAAAGGGAAAAUAACUGGACUGAUGUUAGGCUAAGACACAUGCUAAGAGGUUCAACGUCACCUGCGGCAGCGGAUCCCAGUCACCCACACUUGGCGUUUGAAAAUGAGUCUUUUGAGACCAAGUUGUGA